CCCCCCCCACUCUGGCCGAGCCGCGCGGCGGCCAAGAGAGCAGCGCCGCCCACCACACACCCGGCCGCCACCCUCACAGGACUGCCCGCGCGCGUACACUUCCCGCCUCUCACCAUAAUUGAGGCCAUGGGCUAGGCUGCCAGAAUUACCAUCAUCAUCAUCGGCAAACACCAAUACACUGAUUAUAUUACUAAACCCAGAUAUAUAUAUACUACCCUAAUAGCCGUUCUAAUUUGACAAAACCGGUUAGUUUGUAGAGGAGUAAUUGAAUAUGCUACAAGAACCGGUCUUUUGAAGUUUGGUGCGUAAACGCGUAUGAUGGCAGUCCCCUGACACCAUGGCAGACGUCGCAAUAAGUGAGGCGAGUCAGUCGCUGGCGAACCUUGUAGCCCACGAUGACCCAAUGGACGCCGGUAGUGCCGCCCUCGUCUCCACCACCAAGCCCGCCAGGAAGCCUCGCAUCAGGAGAGUCAAGGACCCCGACCCCAAAGCAAGGAGAGGAAGGGAAGAGACUACAGGGAAUUCUAUGGCCAACAAGCCACCCCAGCACAAGGACUACCUCUCACAGCAGAGGGCCAAGAGACUAGGGAAGCCAAGGCCAAAGGGAAAGAAUGAUGGAAUAAGAGGUAAGGAGAGAGCAAAGCAAAGGGAAUCAAGCAACGACAAAGUGAAUGAAGAUUCCGUGGAAGCCAGAGACGCUUCUAGGAUACCAUCAGCUGGCAGCAAUACCAGUAAGGAUGAAGGAAUUAGUAGCAAUACCGAGAAAGAUGAGGACUUUGAACUGGAAGGAGAAAGUGAAAUAAAAACUGUGACUAAAGAAGCAGAUGAUAUAGAAGAUGACGAAGGACGAGGAAGUAUUAACGGCGACGAGGAAGUUCUUCAUCCAGACCAUCAAUCGGACGCGGAAGCUGCCGCCGCUGGUGAACCCAACGCGAAACACGACGCCGACAACACCGAUGAAAACACACAGGAAGAUCCACCGGACAACAAUCUGGACGAGUCAGAAACCGUAAAUAUAGAUCCUGAAGCUGAAGAUCCCGGGGAGAAGGCCGAAGACAUGCCGAACGACAUCGAAGAGGAUAACACAGGUUAUCAAGGAGAUAUGGACGAGCCAAACUCUUUAGCCACCAGUUUUCAGGGGUCCUUGGGCCUCUCUAGCGAUGCAGGUCUCGGUGCCAUUGCGGAUACGGCAGUGCCAGAGAACAGUGAGAACGCAGAACCAAGCAGUGAGAACGCAGAACCAAGCAGUGAGAACGCAGAACCAAGCAGUGAGAACGCAGAACCAAGCAGUGAGAACGCAGAACCAAGCAAUGAGAACGCAGAACCAAGCAAUGAGAACGCAGAACCAAGCAAUGAGAACGCAGAACCAAGCAGUGAGGAACAAGCCAAUGAGGCAACAGAAAACUUCGAAGUAGACACUGAUUUAGCCGGUGAGGCGGAAGAGACCAACGAUGAGGCUAACCCAGUGACAGCGAGUGUUGAGGAGCAAGCAGAGGCCUCAGAAGCAGCAGGAAAUGAUAGUCAAGAUAAUGACAGUGAAGAGAAGAUCGCAGAUGAAGGUGAGGAAGGUGGUGAGGCAAAUAAUAUUGAAGCUGCUGAUGAUGGUGAACCAGGCGAUAAAGAAGCAAUUGUUGAUGAUAGUGGAGCGGGAAAUAAUGAGCCAAUUGAUGGUGGUGAAGUUGUGGAUAAUGAGCCAACUGAUGAUGUUGGCGAAGCAUUGGAUAAUGAACCCACAAUUGAUGAUGGUGAAGCAGAGGCUGUUGAAGCGACAGUUGAUGGUGAAGAAAAUGCAUCAUCAGAGAACAACGAAACAGUUGUAGCUGAAGAGGAGAAAGAUGGUGAAGCGGGCGAGGGAAACAGUCCGGUAAACCCAGAGGUGCCGGACUCCAGUGAGGUCCAGGCUGAGUCAGACUUGCCGGAGGCGGCGUCAGACGCACCAGCUAAUGAAGACCCAAGUCUAUCACAACAACCGCUAAAUGAAGAGGAAGAAAUCAAAGAAAUACCAGCCAUUGCCAAGAUUCCUGGCACGUACAGAGGAAAAAGAAAGCUUGCAGCUAAAAGUCUAACUCAAGAACCGGAGGUCAAGAAGUCAACACAGAUAAAACAGAACGACAGGAGCAAAAUAAUGACAAACAGGAAACCUAUUUCUUGGAGGCCAAUGCCUGUUCAGUCUUCGACUCGGCCAGAAGUAAACAAACCAAAGAACAAUAAAUUACCUUCAAGGUUCAAAGCAAAACAUCUCAAACCAGAACAGGAACCAACGAUAAAGAUUGAAGAAUAUCACAACGGUGGAACACCCGGCAAUACGUUAGAAUUGCCUCCGGUCAACAUUCCCGUCGAAGGAGGCGACAAUUCACCAUUGGCACUAAACACCUUCAGAUCAGAGGGCCACCUUUUAGACGAUAAACCUCAAGCAGAUGAAGAUUCGACCACCGUAACGAAAGCGGAAUCAAUGCCGGAGAUCCGUUACCAGGACAUAACACGACCCAACACCGCCGGCACCAAAAACAAGACACUUAAACGCAAAAGAGCCAAAUCGAAGAUAUCAUCGGACCUCAAGAAGUCUGUGAAAGGCCAGGAGGGCUCUACCAGCGAGGUCUGGGUCCCGGAGGAGGAGAAACUCUACGUCUACUCCUACAGUUCUCAGCCCAGACUUCUACACGUCCGACGGAUGGCCGCGGGCCGGGUGGCCACCACGCACCAGUGGGAUCACGACCCUAACUCCUCUUUCAGACUUAAAAUCAGAGGCAAUGGCAACCCGAUGUACGACCGCCGGGUUGUUAGAGGAUCCAACUACGCCAAGCGCCUCGACAGCGACGAUCAUCCUAAAUGGAAUCCUUACUUCACCAAUGCUCGCUCCUUGGAACAGCACGAGCAGAUGGAGCCGGAGAUGCAGCAUCAGCACCAGCGGCGCCAGGAGUUCCGGGAGAAGUUGGAGGCGCGGGCCAGAUUGCGACGCGACAACCCUGGUGCCGGGAUGGGUUCCCUCUACGCCUCCCACGCCGCCAGCGGCAGGCACUACCCGCGCUCCCACGCCCUCGUCCAGACCGAGAACUACUACGAACCGCUGGAGCGCCCCCCAGAGUCGGAGGCGGAGGUGCAGACGGAGUACUGGGGAGAGGAGGGGGCGGCGCCCCCCGUCAUGUUCCACUCCCCGCCAGGGGUCGACGCCCACACCCAGGUCUACGAGUCAGAGUUGGACGCCAUCGACGAGGAGGAGGAGAUGGUGGCGGCGCUGGUGAGUCGCACGGUGAGGGAGGCGGUGCUGGAGGUGCUGCAGGAGGAGCAGGCCGAGGACUUCAGGAUCAACCGGAUCGCCACGGCUUCUCUCCUCGGCCACGACAAGCCUGCGGACGCCAGCGAUGACGUCCCCGACCAAGAAGGCGUAGCGGGUGACUCGGCGACGGAGGAGAGGGAAGACCCCGACGGGAAGGAGACCUCGCCUCAAGACACGGAGGAGCCAGCCAGGUCCCCAGAGCUCGACGGUCAAGAGCAGGAUCUGAAGGACAUGCAGCUCAUUUCCGACAUGUCUCCCGACCCCAUCAUGCGCGAUACGUUCCAGGAAUCCGAAACUAUUAUGACGUAAGAGUGGGAACGCCUUGACUUGGAGCAUCUUGACUUUGCUGCCUUCCUUAGUGUUUCACUUCGACCAGGACCUGAACUUCGACCAGGUUCUGGGCUUCGACCAGGACCUGGGCUUCGACCAGGACCUGGGCUUCGACCAGGACCUGGGCUUCGACCAGGUUCUGGCCUUCGACCAAGACAUGGGCUUCGACUAGGACCUGAACUUCGACCAGGACCUGAACUUCGACCAGGACCUGGGCUUCGACCAGGACCUGGACUUCGACCAGGACCUGGGCUUCGACCAGGACCUGAACUUCGACCAGGACCUGGGCUUCGACCAGGACCUGGCCUUCGACCAGGACCUGGCCUUCGACCAGGACCUGGGUUUCGAAAAUCUCUUAAGUUGAACUUUCUGGUUCCCGCUGUAGUGUUCUGGGGGAACAUCUUCAGUUAAAGUUACCAAGUUCGUCAAGAACCUUCACGUUCUUCAAGACUGUUCUUCACCAGCCCAUCCUCCUGUUUCGGUAGUACUUAUAGCAACGAUGAGGACCAUAGUAUAUAUAAUGACUAACAAGGAAAUUAGAAACUAGAAAUCAGAACUACUGAGUUGGACAAACCGGAAAACUGUUUUUUUUUACUUGUGUUGCUUUGACAAACUAACCUAACCUCCCUAGGCCUAAUACACGAUAUCUGAGGCCUAAUAUAGUAUAUAUGUGUGCUAUACUAGG